UUUCUCCAGUUCCAGGUCCUGAACUCUCCUUCCGAUCCCUAUUGGUUCCUGCAAUUGCAUCCCAGAACAUAAAUAGUAUCCACCCCCAUGUUUCUCAAGGAGCAAGCCAUUUCCAGUGUCAUGGUUGCUUAAACCAGCCUUGACACAUCUCAAGCUUAGAUACAGCCAGGUGUUGCACUAGCGAAACCUGUGCAUUUGUAGGGAGAUUGCACAUGCAUCUUGGUAGUAGUGUGAGCAUAAAGGUGUGAGGAUCAUCCUCACAGAUAGCUGCCAUGGUUGCAUUCAAGCUGAGGCUGAGACAUUUCUGUUUCGCAGUUGUGCUUUCAUCCAUUGCCAUCUCUUGUUGCAGAGGGCAAGGAGGAGGAGCUGGUGCUGGGGGAGCAGCAGGUGGUGCAGGGGGCGCUGCAGGUGGUGCGGUGGUGCCCGGAACACAGGAUGCCGUCCAGAUUGUCGCGCAGGCUGCUCUCUGCUUCGACAAUAGACAGGUGAUGAACGGGUGUCUCCAAGCAAUGGGCAUCAACAUCAAUGGCAACGGCGGCGGUGGAAACAGCAACGGCAACGGUGGCAGUGGCAGUGGCAAUGGCAACGGCAACGGUGGUAGCGGCAAUGGCAACAACAACGCCGGCGGCGGCGGCGGCAGCAACGGCAAUGGCAGCAACGGUGGUGGUGCCAACAACAACGGCAACGGCGGGUCAACGGCGAGCAUGUGCCAAGGCCCGUGCUUCGGGCAGAUGAUGCUGAUGAUGAACUGCGUGAACGGCAUCCUGGGCAACAUCCAGGGCUACAGCCCAGGGCUCAUGCAGGGCGUCCAGGCCGUCUUCCAGAUGUCCUGCGGCAAUGUCGGCAACGGCCAGCAGGGCGGCGGCGGGCCGGCUGGUGGUGGAGGUGCCGGUGGACCUGGUGUCGGAGGUGCCGGCGGUGCCGGUGGUGUAGGUGCUACUGGUGUCGGAGGUGUCGGCGGUAAUGGUGUAGCCGGUGUCGGUGGUGGUACCGCUGGUGGCGGAGGUGCCAUUGGUGCCGGAGGUGUUGGUGGCGGCGCCGGCAGUGGCGGAAGUGUUGGCGGUGGCGGCAGUACGGCCAGCAAUACUGUUACUGCUGGUGGUACUGCGAGUCCAAAUGGAGGCUCACACGUGGCGGUAAGCGAUCCAGGUGAGCCAACCAGCGGCGUGGGCGGGCCCACUCCCAGCCUCACCAGCCGGUUUCCCUCGGUGCUAGUGGCGUGGGCGUGUAUCUGGCUACUGCGGCUGUUCUAGCUUCGAUGAGAUGAAUGAUUAGUGAUGAUGAGAACGUUGCAAGAAGCUGCGUUUCGUUUCUGUACUUCUCUAGGUAGCACAGUAGUAAUUAAUCUCAAUUUUACCUUCUGUGAGGAUUAUAUGUAAAGCCAGCAUGCGACUUCUCCAUUUGAAUGUAUAAACAAGGAAUUAUGCAAUGGUUUGUUCAA